GGCGCGGCGGCGGCGGCGGUGCGGGAUGCGCGGCCCCCGAUGGGAUGUAGCGGGCGGCUGCUGGGACCCGCCGGGGGCCGCCGCGCCUCGCUGCUCCUCACCAUGAUCCUCUUCUUCACCUACUUCUUCUCCUGCCUGCCCGGGCCCUGCGAGCCGCUGCCGCCCGCGCUGCUGCUGCCGCCGCCCGCAGCGCUGCCCGCGGGGCCGGGGGAAGCGGCGGGGGGCUCGGGGGGCUCGGGGGGCUCGGGGGGCUCGGGGGGCUCGGGGGGAGGCAGCCGCCGCUUCCCCCAGGCCAUCAUCGUGGGCGUGAAGAAGGGCGGGACGCGGGCGCUGCUCGAGUUCCUGCGGGCGCACCCCGGGGUGCGGGCGGUGGGCGCCGAACCCCAUUUCUUCGACAGGUGCUACGAGAAGGGGCUGCGCUGGUACAGGAGCCUGAUGCCACGGACCCUGGAGGGACAGAUCACCAUGGAGAAGACCCCCAGCUACUUUGUCACCAAGGAGGCCCCGCGGCGCAUCUACAACAUGUCCCGGGACACGAAGCUGAUCGUGGUGGUGCGCAACCCCGUCACCCGCGCCAUCUCGGACUACACGCAGACCCUCUCCAAAAACCCCUCCAUCCCCAGCUUCCAGGCUCUGGCCUUCAAAAACCUCAGCACGGGACUGAUCGACACGAGCUGGAGCGCGGUGAGGAUCGGGAUCUACGCCAAGCACCUGGAUAAUUGGCUGCAGUACUUCCCGCUCUCCAAAUUCCUCUUUGUCAGCGGGGAGAGGCUGGUCAGCGACCCUGCCGGGGAGAUGGGCCGUGUCCAGGACUUCCUGGGGCUCCAGAGGGUGGUGACGGACAAACAUUUCUAUUUUAAUGAGACCAAGGGCUUUCCCUGCCUGAAGAAGCCGGAGGGGGGGAGCAAACCCCGCUGCCUGGGGAAAUCCAAGGGGCGGCCGCACCCCAAAAUCGACGGGCAGGUGGUGCAGCGCCUGCGGGAGUUCUACAGACCCUUCAACAUGAAGUUUUAUCAGAUGACAGGGCAGGAUUUUGGGUGGGACUGAGCCCAUCACCAGGGCACGCUGCCGGGCUGGCACCUGGGCUGCCAGGACUGCGGCCCAGGGAUGUCAUCGUGGUCAUCGUGGUCAAGGGAUCCCUGUGGUCAUCAUGGUCAAGGGAUCCCUGUGGUCAUCGUGGUCAAGAGAUGUCUGUGGUCACUGUGGUCAAGGGAUCCCUGUGGUCAUCAUGGUCCAGGGAUCCCUGUGGUCAUCAUGGUCAAGGGAUGUCCAUGGUCAUCGUGGUCAAGGGAUCCCUGUGGUCAUCGUGGUCA